AUGCUGCUUGGACUGCUGUCCCUUCUGCUGCUGAGAGUGAUAGCGGUGAGGAAUGAGGAGAAUAACGUGAAGGGGGGUGGAUAUGGCUCCAACCACCAGGAGGGACCGAAAAGAAUGUUCCACUCGGACAAGGGAGGUGCCGCAGUAGCAGCAGUAACAGCACCUGUAGCAGCUGGAGGAGGAGGCGAAGACAUGUGGAUGGACAAAAACUACAAAUACCUUGUGGAAACGUCGAGCAGGAACAACCGAGUAGUGUGUGUGCAAAAAGAAUUCAACGAUUUAAUAUACUACACACAUGAUAACGAGUGCGACCCAAACAAUACAUUUAGCUUCUCCUUCAACUCCACAUUCAAAUUUGAUAAUAAUUAUUAUGACCGCUACAAACAAAAUAAAAAAUCGUUUGUGGAAAGGAAGAUUAGUCCCCAUGAGGCAGUGGGGUCCUGCAUAAAUUGCCUCUUCCUGGACGAAAUGAAUUUCCUAAGUAUUUAUGGACACACCUUUAUAUAUGACCAGUCUGAAGAGACAGACUACAAAGGGUCCUAUGAGAGAAUGAUCGACAUGCAUUACGUUCCAGAGGGGAAAGGUGAUUCGUUGGAGGUGGGUGCCAACAGUGUGCAUGUCCGGGAGAGCUCUGCAAGUGGUUGGAGCUACCACGGGGGGGAUAACCACUCUCAUGGCUGUGAAGACUCCGACUGCCCACAGGACUCUCCCGUUGUGGACAGCCGAGAAAAUUCAAUACUAGAAAAUUUCCUGCGCGACAACAGGAUACACUACGCCUAUGAUGAAAUAGGAGACGAUGAGGAAAGUGAGGGGGAGAAAAGUGGACAGCCAAGUGGGGCCACUGAUGACCUGGUCAUGGGAAACGCUUCGCUGAAUAGCAAAAUGGUAGACAACUUUUUUAUGAAUUUGAAAACGGGGGAAAUUGAUCCGCAUGGAGAAGGGAGUGAUGAUCAUGAGGUGGGAACACAACUCAACGAGGUAGGCCAACUCUCCGAUCCGCACAAAACCCAACCGCCAAGAGAAAGCAACAUCCCCCCGCACAUCAAAGACAUGCCAAAUGUCACAUUCGAUAAGAAAAAGUGCAGACAGUUCACAGAAGACAUAAAUAAAAAAAAAAUAUGGAGCAAUGUUCUCUUGGUGAAUUCAUUUACCAACCUGAACAUCCUGUCACACAUUGAUAAAUAUAAAGGCAGGUAUGAUCAGUUAAAGUAUUUCCCAUUCCAAGAGGAUUACAAAAAAAAAAAGUUGAACAAUCUGAUACGAAUGACACUCGAUUUGAAUGAUCAGAAUUAUUUUAUUAACAAUAACAUAUUUAUUUUGAUUGCAAAUGAUGAAAUUAAAUUUUUGGACCAGGUCAUUUUUUGUGGAAGCAUCUCCCAGGAUGAGCAGUGGUCUCUUCCGUACGUUACAGAUAAGAGUGUGCGUGUAGAAUAUGAAAGGAUAAAGCGAAGAUACAACUUGUCUGACCAUAGAAAAUAUAAUCGUGUUUUUCUGAUCAAGGUCAUGUACCAUGAGGAACAAAUAAGUCUCAUUCUAAUGGACUACAUUGUAGGGUUUGGAGACCCCAUGAAAUUGUCCAUUCCUUUUUUUUACUUGGCAUCCCAUGAGUACUUUUCUCAGUACACUCAUUUUUUUAUGAAGGAUAAUUUGAUUGGCUGGAUCAGCAAGGGGAAAAUGUUAUACGUCACGGCGAUGCGGAAGAUUUUUUCCUACCUGCGCGAAAGCGCGAGCUACGCGAACAGGCCCUACGAUGUCGUGACGAUGGAAAACAAAAUCAUCUCAAAUGUGUACCUGCUAUACCUAAGCCACGACAUUUUCAAGUACGUCCUCUUCGCUAGAUACAACCCUCUAAAGGACUUCUCCCUCCACAAAAGCAUCCCAUUCGAGGCAGCACUCCUCAGCCACAUCAGCACAUUCACACAGGAGGAGUUAUCCAAUCACGAAAUGUAUUUCACGAAAAUAACAAAAAAGGAAAUUCAACAUUUAAACGACCCCAAGAAAAGAACUCGCAUGGAUGUGUUCGAUGUCUUUGUCAUCCCAUCAGCUAAUUAUGUAAAGUUCCAGCAGGUCCUAUCUAGGCUCUUCAAGGCUCUGUUUGACUGUGGGGGAAAACAUAUUUCCAUGUUACUCAAGAUCGCCACUCUGAGGUCGCACUACGAUAUGUUAUACAAUUUCAAUUGUUAUAACUACCAGCUGCAUAGUUUUUUGGUCAACCUACUAGACCUGCACCAGCACUACUACGAGCACACCGAGCUGGAUUCCUUGUUCAGGGAGAGCCAGCGGAUUCUGCUUCGUCUGGUGAAGCUGACGCUGGACGAAAUGAACAACCUCAUCCCGUUCAACGAGGACAAGCAGUUGGUCAAGUACCUCAUCAUAAUUCUUUACUUUGGGAACGAUAUGUUUUGCCUGGAGAAGGAGAACUCCAUAUACAUUCAGCUGAUUUACGAGUUGCGCCACCUGAACAUACACCACGCGAUCCUGGUGGCGUACCUAUCCGGAGACAAGUCUGGAACGCUCUGCUCAGAGGAGAGGGCCAUUCAAGUGGACCCCAACAAAAAAGGUGAAGAAGAGACCCAAAGAUGGAGUGCCCCCUACCUCACCUACGAGGAUCAGAACACAUAUUUCAAGUCUCUUCCUACAAUCAGAAAUGAUGUGGUGGACCCCAUAGCUGCCUUCCUAAACCGCUUCCAUAAUAAACACUUUGGGGACUUCCACGUCACCAUAAAAUCGGAGAAGCUUUUCUCCCUUAGCAUCUUCAUCGUGUCCUACAUGGCAUCAGUUAUAUUCAUCAUUGGAGAACUGAACAGGAAACACAAGGUCAUUUAUGUGUAUAGAAUAUUUAAAAAUGUGUACCUGAGGAAUCACCCCCACAAUAUUACCAAAUAUUAUACCUUCUGGAACACCAAGCUGUACGCAUUUGCGCAGUACGAGCCAGAGUGCGUCUUGCUCUUCGACAGGUACAGCCUCUAUGGCAAGUACGCGCGGGAUGAGAAGUACGCCGUGGAGGGGAAGUACGCGGGGGAUGGGCAGUACGCCUACGCCGCGGGUGGGAAGCACACGUUGGGGGGCCAGCCCGACGCGCUCAAAAACAACGCGGACCUCAUGAACCACUUCGCCGCACAGCAAAACAGCUGUCUGUGCUAUGAAAGCAUGAUCAAUAAGUCCAAGGGAGAGUUCGUGGUGAGCGAGUACCUGCAGCUACGCCACCGAUUUAUGAAAAAAAUAAAAAAAAAAAAAAAAAACUUGUAUGAAAAAAUGAAAAACUACAAUUUUUUUAAUGACCCCCUGGAAAUAUCCUACAAGACGAGACAAUUUCAAAAUGAAAAGUUAGUAGACAUUUGCAAAGACAUGACAUUUGAGAAAAACCACCUCUGCAUGUUUCACAAGUCUAGGAUCAUCCUAACUUAUUUAUAUCUGCUGACCACUUCACCAGAGUACACAUUUUACGUAAUAAGCCCCCUAGUCUUUAUAAAGCCAAAAAAGUAUUGUAACCAAUACGAUAUCCCACUGGUGUUGAAUAAUAUAUUAAAGAACAGGAGCUUCUUCAAAAAAAGCUCAAAAAUUUGCAUUAACUAUGCUUUUGCUCAUUUCAUAUCUGCGGGAGACAGAACGAAUAACUUUAUUGUCACUGCGAAGAUCAGUGGGACCAUGGUGAAUGUGAGCAAGAACAACUUGUUAAUACUUAUCCCGCUCAGAAAGAGGGUAGACAUUUUAGAUCACUCCACAAAUAAAGAGUAUGACAUUAAGGAGGAAAUUUUAAAUGAGUAUUUCAUUCUUGGGAACCCCUAUAUCCCCAUUAGUGUCAUUUCGUACAGCUACGAGGAGUACAACGAGGUGAAGAAGAAUGAGCAUAGCACCAUAGCGGGGGCGUUCAUAAAAAGGCAUGACCAGAACUUUAUGAUUUACCGUAAAAUGACCAACGGGUACGCCGAGCAGGAUGCGAGCGGCCAUGACGCCUAUCACACCCAUCACGGCAAGCAGCAUCAUGAGAGCGGCGCCCCUGACCAACGCGAUGAACAAAAGUCACCCCCCUGCGCAGAGAACCACGCGUUCGAAAUGAACGGCAAAUUGCUCUGCUUCUGCGACGUGCUCAGGAGUAAGCACAAUGAGCAAACCAACAAUUGCAUCUACCCCUUUUGUGAACAAAACAAAAGAUUCUGCUACUUCAACGAAAGGUGUGUUGACGGUAGGUGCGUCUGUAUCGAGGGCUAUUCAAGAAAUCCCAUGAGCUCGCUUUGUGAAAAAAACAACGAGUGUAUCCUAUCUGGUGAAUCAAGCUGCAAGGAACCAGGAAAAUGUGUUUUUGCUCAAAAUAGGUACGUGUGCCUAUGCCCUUAUCCCUAUGUGCGUGUUUUAAACAACUGCCUGCACCCACUAAAGGGCAUUAAGAUCGGCUUGCGCAUCUUCAACAAUUUUCAACCUGACUUUUCCAAUGAUGAGGAUGAUGCAUCGAAGAAGGAAAAAUUCUACACCAACGUGUUUGGCUCCAUGUCUGAGUAUUUUAAGGAGGUCAUCAAAAGUGUGAUCGAUCCCGCGCUCACGACGCGCAUACACGUGAAGCCCAUACAGAAGAUGAAGAACGGAAUCAAAGCGACGAUCAUAAUUAACCAGAGAAGCAAUGCGGAGGAACCGACGCCCAUCCAAGUCUUUAACAUUUUCCUGAACCAGUUGGGAGAUUCUACAUCUGAGCUGAACAACGGGUUCUACGCCUACUUCGCUAGAUUCACGUACAUAGAAUACGUAAAAUCAUUCUCCAAGGACGAUGGGUCCUCCCCAUUUUACGAUAAUCUCCUCAAAUACGUCCCAACCUUUUUCAUAAACAUGUUCGAGGUAGAUGCGUUUAAUGACAUAUCCAUCAUCGCGUGCAUCAAUUUUUUUGUUUUAGUGAUUGUUACCUUUGCGGUGCUCUUUUACUUUUUCUACUUGUUUGUUAAAAUAAAGUUUUUCCAAGAUGUGUACCCCAAGGGGUUUUAG